UUUGUAUCCGUUGAGGCCGUGCGCUCGAACGCUCGGUAACUGCUGACGUGCAGUUUUUAUAGGACGGUUUGGCUGUGUCUUACGACAAAAUCUCGAGAGUUUCUGUUGCAAGCCUGACUCCUACAGUGAUAUUUAAGGAUUUUUAUCGGACUUCAUGAGAUCCUGCAGCCGGGUUUUCGUCGGACAUCGCAUGCGUAAAAGGCAAGUGUUGACGAGAGCUCUUGACCACGUCGCCUAUUGAAAUAAAAAGAGCAUGGCUGCUGAACUGCACCACUUGAGUGUUGCAAAAAAUCAAACUGGACUGGAAUUCGGAAACGACUUUGACUUCAUGAAAUUUGACGUGAAAAAGGAACAUAUACUGGGACUUGACCGCACCUUCAUUCAGCCGUGUAGCCAGGUCCAAACUCCAGGCUCAUUGUCUACAACACCAAUGAGCACCCCUUGCAACUCCGAGCCCUCGUCGCCUGGCUUUAGUCCAACCGGGCAAAGGAACAACCAAGAAGAGUUUUACUGGACCAUGUCAAGUGGCGCGUAUCCCUCUCAUCUGGAACCGCACAAUUUGGGGUUGACACCAGAAGAUGCAGUGGAGGCCCUUGUUGCAAACUCAGUUCACGGUCAUCCAUCGUCACCUCAGAUGCACUCGUCUUAUCAGCCGACGGAGUUUGACGCGUACAGAGCAGCGCAUUAUCCAACGCAGCAUCCCGUCCCACUCCAUCAGCAGCAGUACCCGGGACUUCCACAUAAUUCCGGCGCACUUCAGAGCCACCCUGGGGCGCAAAAUCCAGGAAAAAGCGAAUACCUUCACAGGCAAGACCUCAGCGAUCUGUCUCCAUCAGUGUCUGAUGAGCAACUCAGCCUACAGCAAGCACAGCAUCAGCAGUACCACCCAACUCGACACGGCCGAAACCAGGGCAUUGAGAACCGUUUUUCAGACGACCAGCUCGUGUCCAUGUCUGUGCGGGAGCUCAACCGUCACCUCCGGGGCCUGACCAAAGAGGACGUGAUCCGCCUGAAGCAGAAACGCCGGACCCUCAAGAACCGGGGUUACGCACAGUCCUGUCGCCACAAGCGUGUUCAGCAGAAACACAAUUUGGAGCACGAGAAGACCAGUCUUGUGUCCCAGGUCGAGCACCUAAAGCACGAGCUGAACCGCUUAGUUAGAGAGAGAGACGCUUACAAACUCAAGUGUGAGAGUCUGGCUGGUGGCAGCGGUUACCGUGAAACUGGGUCUACCAGUGACAGCCCGUCCUCGCCCGAGUUUUUAAUGUGAGUUUGUAACAGUACGGGACUGUUUACUGUGAUGUUCAGAGCUAAGGUAAUUGCUCUACAGACUGCAAUAAAACUGGCUACUGUUUGACCAGGCUUUUUAUGGAAAGGGAAUUCCUUUCUUCAGGGGAACACUGAAGUGAACAGUUCCAAAGCCCAAAAGCCUCUAUCUCAUUUGCCUUUUCUUCAUAAACAUAUUUAUUCAUAGUUUAUUGCGCUAUGAUUCAGUGAUUAUCAUGCAAAAUGACUGUGAAGCAGCGGGAGAAACGAGUUGUGCUGGUCACCGAUAUGAUUUCUCGCACUAUUUCUUCCGUUUCAUGUGCUAGGGCCUAUGUUAUGCAAUGCUGAUUGUUUUAUCCUCUAUUCAAAGUUUCUAUGAUAAGUCAGGGACUACAACUUUGUCUUCUGUUUGACUUUGGUACAGUUAUUGAAAUGUUCUUCUGAUUUUGUACAGUUUAUUCUCAAAACGAAAAUGACACCAAAUGUAUUAGUCUAUCCAAGUCACCCUGUCUCAGUUGAAUGGUGAAUAUUUGUGUAUAAAAGUUUGAAAACAAUUAUAUUAUGUUUAUGUUCAGUAAUUAAGUCUGCUAGAAGUCAGAUCAGAACAUAUAUUAUCACCUCACUGGAAACAUUGAAUAUUUUUUACAAGUGAUAUAUUUCAGUGUAACCUGUCAUAUAGUAGGCUGUCUGGUGUAUUUUGGAGAUUGUUUGCUGGCCUUAUACAAAUUGAUGGACUGAGUGUCCACCUCUGAUUGUGAUUGUAAAUCCAUUUAAUGAAAUGCUCAGCGCAGUCCGUUUAAUUUUUACCUUUAGAUAUAAUGAAGAGUUUUUGUUGAUUUGUUUUAAAUGGAAUUCAUUAUUCUCUUGCUGUCCAUCUUAUAGGGAAUGGGGUGUUUUGCAAGUUGUUCAUUAAAAAUCAUACUGUA